UGGAAUCGAUUAGUUGAGAACUCUACGUAGCGAUAUUUCUUUGAGUAAGUGAACUAAAGUCGAUAGCAUCGUUACGAGAGGUGGUCGAUAACCGAUCGUGCAUCGUUCUUUUCGAAACGAGAAAUUGAAGUUCGAUAUCUGUGAAAUAAUUCGUCAAACAUUGCUUUGAGAUAUCGUAGUAUUCGCGGUAAAUUUGUUAUUCCUUUAUAACCAUAAAAAGACGAGAACGUGUAAAAAGGAUUAUGCAUCUUUAUAAACAGAUAUAUUUUAAAUUAUGCAACAAAAAUUUUCCAUUUUGACGAGAAAAAACGCUAUGAAAUAUUACAAUUGUGAGAAAUAUUGUAUAUGUAUAUUUUAACAUCUAGAAGAUAAGACGUACCGGUACCUAUGUAUUUUGAAUUACAAUUAUGGAAAAUAAACCAAUAACAUUGCCUAACAACAGAAAAUCUGCAACAACAGAUGAUUCGAAAAGCGAAAUGCAAAUGGUACUUGCCAAAAUGAUGGAAGAAAAGUAUACUUAUACUUAUAAAAAAUUAGUAGUACCUAUGUCAAUGAGAAGUAUUUACUGGAAAUUUUUCGGAUUUCCAGCUACAGAUGAUGGAGAUAUUCUUACUAAAGUAAAAAUCGUUUGCAUAUUAUGUAAAACUCAAAUUGCAUAUAAUCGUAACACCAGUAAUUUACGUAUGCAUUUACAAAAUAAACAUGCUCAAGAACUUUUAGAAUUAGAAGCUACUAAUCCUCCACGCAGACAAGUACUUUCUCAGGAAACAAAAGAAAGAAGAGCACAAAAAAAAUUAUUAAAAACAGGUUUAACUUCUACUCAACAUAUUUAUACUACUAAUGCAGAUGGUACUGUUCAAAUAGAUGGAGAUAUUCAAUUUGUAACUGAUCCAAAUGUAAGUUUAUCUAAUAUUGAAGAUGAUAUCACAAUUGGUCAACCUUUAAGAGUUAUGAUUAAAAGUGGAUCUAACAUUGGAAAUAAUAGUCAAAAUGUGGCCUUUCUCAUGCCAGAAGAUAAUUCUAUUAAUCAAUCAAGUAUUGAUGGAAAAACUGUAUCAGAUGCUAUAGCUGAAUUUAUUAUAAUGGAUUUACAAUUACCAGAAGUAGUGGAAGGACGAGGUUUUCAGAGAUUAGUUGCCACUUUACGUUCACCUUGUGAAAUUCCAAGUAAAAAUAAAUUAGAAGAAGAAAUUAUUCCAAAGAUAUAUGAUACUUUUCGUGAAUCAGUAGCAACAACUCUUUCUUGUAUUACAAGUGAAGUAGGUUUGACUAUUGAAGAAUGGAAAUCAAAUUCUGAUGAACGAUUUGUUACUGUGUCUGUAUAUUAUCAAAACUCUGGUGAACCAGUGUUAGAAUGUAAAGUGUUAAGUACUAUUCAUGCUCCUUUAGAUUGGGAGGAAUCUCAAUGGGGUAAUACAAUAGAUUCUUUAUUACUUGAUUGGGAUUUGAAAAUAGAAAGGAUAACUGCAGUAGUAGUAGCCACAUCUAGAACAGAAUUAUUGAAUGCUUUAACAAAUCGAGGAUUGACAUUAGUUCCUUGUUUACUUUAUACCUUACAAGUAUGUGCUCAAGCUUGCUUUGAAAGUCCAGAAGUUGCAUCUAUAUUAUCAAAAUGUAGAGCAGCUAUUGGAGCUAUUAUAAGUCAUCCAGCUGCAUCAGCAGCAUUAGCUAUGCAAGAACAAUUAUUAGAACUAGAAGAAAAUGCUAUGUUAAUGGAUUAUCCACCUGUAUGGACAUCAACAUACAACAUGCUUGAACAAAUGGUUUUACGUCGUAAUAUUGUAACCUCAAUUUUGGAGAGCAUGGAAGGUGUUGAUCAAGAAGUAGUUGAUUUAACAAAUGAUCAAUGGAAAAUUGUAGAGGAUCUUGUAAAUGUACUUGAACCAUUUAAAGUUACUAUUAUGACACUUAGUGAGGAGAAAAUGCCAUUGAUUUCUUUAUUAAAACCAUUACUCUGGCAACUUGUAUCUUCUCACCUUAAAAUAAAAGAAAGUGAUAGUGAGAAAGCAAAAUCUUUCAAAGAAUCAUUAUCUGAUAUGCUUUAUGAUAGAUAUGCAGAUUAUAAUGUUACUCUUUUACUUCAAAUUGCAACUACUUUAGAUCCAAGGUUUAAACAAUUACCAUAUGCUACUGAAGAAGACAAAAAUUCAGUAGCAACUGAUAUAAAAGAAAUGUUGACAAAAUUAAUACAAGAAGAAUCUGGUGAUAAUAUAAGCAUCAAAGUAGAAGAGGAACCUUUAAAUAAAAAAAGUCGUGUAUCAGGCAUGGAAUUUUUACUUGGAGGUUUAUGUUCAAUAAAAAGUGGAAUGCCUGCAGAAGAAAAAGCAGAUCUUGAACUUGUACAAUAUCAUUCUGAAUCUACUGCACCACUUGACUAUUGUCCUCUUCAAUGGUGGGCAAAAAUUUCUGCAAAAUGUCCAAAUUUAGGAAAAUUGGCUUGUAAAUAUAAUUGUGUACCUGCAUGUUGUGCACCACCCUCUAGAAUUCCAGCAGAAGUGCAAGUUUUAUAUGAUACAAGGCGAACGGCCUUACCUCCUCAUUUGAUAGAUAAGUUACUCUUCCUUCAUAGUAAUCAUACUGUAUGAAGAAAGCAUUAAGUUCAAUUAUAAUGUUAAUAGCUUUUAUAUAAUCUACGUUUAAAAUGAAACAUUUAGGCGAAUUUGAACGAAAGAAUAAGCCAAGUCAGUUACUAAUUUAAAUUAGUUUUAAUAUAACAUCAAUGUAUUCCAAUUUUAUGAUAUAUAAUUUAUUCAGCUAUUGUAUAAAGCUUAUAUUUUUCAUUUUUACUUUUAUUUAACUAUCAGAAUUUUAUAUUUUCUAAAAGUAAAAAUUGAAAUCAGAAUGUAUAAGUUUGUUAAAUAUCUUACAAAAGAGAAAUAUAUUUAUUUUCACAAAAAUAUAAUAUUAACUUCAUAUUUUGAAAUUGUACUUCAAAUGAAACAAUAUUCGGAAUU